CCACAACUGUCUUAAACCUCGGUUAACGUUGUUAAACUGCGGUUAAAGUUGAACGGCGAAAUUCGGGCGUUUAAGGUAGAUAACCGAGGUUUAAUACUGCAGCGCUACUGCUUUCAGCGUAAACUUUCGAGUAUUGUGCUUCAUGGUUGAUAUCCCCACGGAAUUGUAAAAAGGUUAUGUUGCAAGAUAUGGCUCUGGAAUAUGUGUUAUCGUCAUCUGACGAUGAAGAUUUUGUGCAAAUAAUAAAUCGACGCCCGAGAAUAAUUAGAAGACGACCGUCAUAUUUUGAAGAAUUUGAUGACAUUGAUUUUCAUGCUCGAUUUCGCUUAACCAAGGAAUCUGUUACUACAGUCUUAAGAGAAAUCGAAGAAGAAAUUUCUCAUAAAACAGAACAAAAUAAUGCAGUAUCUCCAAUAAAUCAGCUCCUUCUGACAUUGAGGUUUUAUGCAACGGGAAAUCACAUGUUAUCAGCUGCUGAUUUUUCUGGAGUAAGCAAAUCAACUGCUCAUAGAAUUAUUCAUCGGGUGACCAACGCGAUUGCCCGUCUUAGACCGAGAUUUAUUAAGUUUCCUAUUCUUCCUGGCGAAAUAAAAAGAGAGCAAAUCAAGUUUUUUGAUAUUGCACGAUUUCCAAGAGUAAUCGGUUGCAUUGAUUGCACUCAUGUAAAAAUACAGUCAUUUGGUGGAAACGAUGCUGAAUAUUUUAGAAAUAGAAAAGGGUAUUUUUCUAUUAAUGUACAAGCUAUCAGCAAUGCAAAUUUAGAGAUAACCGAUAUUGUGGCUCGCUGGCAAGGAUCCGUACACGAUGCUACAAUAUUUAACAAUUCUAGAAUACGUGCUUUAUUUGAGGCUGGAACUUUUGAAAAUUGUUUUCUUUUGGGUGAUGGCGGUUAUCCAGUUCGUUCGUAUCUUAUGACUCCUUUACAAAAUCCACGAACUGAAGCAGAACAGCUAUAUAAUGAAUCACACAUACGAACACGUAAUAUUGUCGAGCGUCUUUUUGGAAUAUGGAAAAGAAGAUUCCCUAUAUUAGCACUUGGAUCUCGUUUUCAAAAAGUUGAAAAAGUAUUACCAGUUAUUGUUGCAACUGCUGUGUUGCAUAAUAUUGCUCGGCGUGCUGGAGAUCAAUUACCACCAGAUGAUCCUGAUUUUCAUUUGCCUGCUCCAUGGGAACAUAUCUUAGAAAACGGAAAUAUACCUUGCAGAAAUGAUGCACAAAAUAAUAAUGCUUUGCAGCAUGCAUUAAUCAACAAUUAUUUUCAAAGUUUGUUGUAGAUCACUCUUGGUGGUUGAAUAAAUAUAUAUACAGAGAGGAAAUGUUGUCAAUUGUCACGCAGAACACCCGUGAUUCCAAUAAAGGCGGUUACAUUUUUACAUAUAAAUUAUAGCAAGGAGUAUCAGAUGUACAACAUCGAUAAACAGCAAGCCAUGAAGUGGUGAACCGUGCGAAGAUGAACAGAGAUUUUCGACGAAUAAAGUCGAUUCCGUAUGUUUUGUGAAGAAUCACUCGAUCGUCUUUGGCAAAAGCUUGUAAAUUAGAAAACUUAAAAAUUAAUAAAAAUGCCAUUUAUUUUUAUACAUUUAUGCUUAAUACAUUAAAUAUAUAUUGUUGUACAAUAAAUAUUUAUUUUCAAAUAUAA